UAUCUUUUCAGUUAAAUCGCGGGAUUACGUUUCAAAAAAUCGUUCGCGCAACGAUUUUAACGGAAUUUUAUAUAGAGUCAUGUACAGAUUUUGAAGGCACAAUAAUUUAAAGUUUUAUCGUUAUUCAGUGAACGACAUUCAUUAACCGAAUGAAUUUCGGUUAAAUAUUCAAUUAAAUCAGUAUUAUUUAUUGAUAAAAUAAAGUAUUAAUAUAUAGUUUACAAUUGUGUUACACAAAUCUCUUUCUCUCUCUCUCUCUCUCUCUGUCUGUGGGUGUGAAGCAGAAGAUUGCCCAAGAUGGCAGCAAACAACUUUCCGCAUCAACGGUGAAUAAUGACUACAGACCUUGUGUUGAAUUAAAUUAACAUAACAUCAUCGACUUAUGCAUCACAAUAAUGAUGACAACAGGUUGACUAAGUUGAACAAUUUACAAGAGCAAUGCAUAAUAGAUAGCGAUCUUUUAAAUCUCCAGCGCGGCCGGACGUUCAUUUUGAUAUUUUAGUAUUUUUUCCAAAAUUUUUUAAAAAUAUCAAAGAGUCUUUCAAGGACUACAUUCUUCCAAAUAUAGAAUAGUUGAAACAAUUAUUUUCUUGGCACAAUUUUAUAAAUCCAUAAUCAAUCAUGGACGAGGUGAAUAAAAUUUUAAUGGGAUCUGCAGAAAUUAUAAAAGAUCGAUUUUAUUUUAAAACAGUGCCAGAUAGAAUUAAAAAUACACCAAGUAUUCAUUGUUUUAGUAUAGACGAUGAAUUUGUUUAUGAGAAAUUUUAUGCUGAUUUUGGUCCUUUAAAUUUAGCAAUGUUAUAUCAAUAUUGUCAGAAAAUAAAUUCAAAAUUGAAAUCGGCUUUUUUUAAAAAGAAAAAAAUUAUUCAUUAUACAUCGAUGGAUCCUGAAAAAAGAGUGAACGCUGCUUUUCUCGCUGGGAGUUAUGCGGUAAUUUAUUGUAAACGCACAGCUAAUGAAGCUUAUGAACUUCUUACAAAUAUACCUGAUUUUCAACCAUUUAAAGUAUUUCGUGAUGCAUCAUUGAGAGAGCCUUGUUAUAGAAUAUCAUUGAAAUCAUGUCUCAGUGCUGUUUAUAAGUGCCAUCAACUUGGAUUUUUUAAUUUUGAUGAUUUUCAUCUUGAAGAAUAUGAAUAUUUGGAAAAAGUUGAAAAUGGUGAUUUAAAUUGGAUUGUACCUGGAAAAUUUAUAGCCUUUUGCGGACCUCAUGCUACAUGUAAAAUUGAAAAUGGAUAUCUUUUACAUGCACCUGAAUCGUAUUUUAAUUAUUUUGAAACAAAUAAUGUAUCAACAAUUGUGCGAUUAAAUAAAAAAAGAUACGAUGCCGCAAGUUUUAUCGAAGCUGGUUUCGAUCAUAAGGAAUUAUUUUUUGUCGAUGGUUCAGCGCCAACAAUGGAAAUUGUUCGACAAUUUUUGAAAAUAUCAGAAAAAGCAUCGGGUGCCAUUGCAAUUCAUUGUAAAGCUGGUCUUGGUAGAACAGGAACAUUAAUUGGCUGUUAUAUUAUGAAACAUUAUCAUUUAACAGCACACGAGACAAUUGCUUGGAUUCGUAUUUGUAGGCCUGGCUCUGUUAUUGGUCCUCAACAACAAUUUCUCGAAGAAAAUGAAACAUAUUUGCAUUUAUUAUGCAAAGAACCACUUCGACCGAAAAAUGGAAAUCCUGUUCAUGAAUUUGGAAUUUAUUCAAAAUUAGCAAAAGUAUCGCGGGACAAUAUUAAUGGAAUAAUACAUCGUGUUGAUGCAAUGAAUUUAGAGGAACCUGCUGCUAUUGCAAGUACAAGUGGUCCUAAAUUGUCAUAUUUGACACAGGGUGAUAAACUCAAUCAAAUCAAAGCAAGACGCACUGUUAAUAAUUCAUCCCGAUCAACACGUAUCGUACAACCGUACAUAGAACUUCUACUUCAUCACAGGAGUAUAUUUAAACCUGAUACGAGAAGACGGAUGGAUUACGUUAAAAUUCGUCGCGAAAUUCGUAAACCAACUACACAGAUUCAUAACAAUAAUAACAAUACCACUACGACACAUUCUGUCACAAAUUCAAUAUCCAAACCACUUACGAGGAAUAGUCCAAAAGUUGAGAUGCAAUCGACAAUUUCCUCAACGAAACUUUCAUUAAACAAGAAUAAUUUGGAUGAACGCAUCGCACGUCAUCAUUCACUUCGACAAAAUGGCGGUUUGGCGAAUGUAAAAAUAAGUGAAAAUCCUUCCCAACGAGUAAGAUCCAAACCAACAACAACAACAACAACACAAUUUCAUGAAAGAAAUACAAAAAAAGUAAUUCCUGCUGUUAAUUCCAUUUCCACAACAACGAAACCAGUAACAAGAAGCAGUGUGAGGACAUUGCGAGUGGAUGAAACCCACGUCGUUCCAGCCUCACCUGCUACAACAAUUCCAUUAAACGAACGUAAUCUCCGUUCUUCUGAUCGAAUUAGCCGAUAUUAUUCCCUCAAGCAUACGCGCACUACAAAAAGUUGCAAAAAAGCAUUUAUCAGAUGACUAACCGAUAUUCUCAGUGGCGUUGAAGAGGGCACACAACUUACACCUCGACAAUCUCGCCAGCGUCGAAGAUCUCAUCGCUUCAACCCCAUCAUUCAAUAAAGUAUAACACAAUCAUCGGAUAUCCUCUCUAUCUCUCUCUUUUUUGGAGUUCACGUGGUUUUUUGAAGAAAAGAAAAAAAAAAGAAACAUUUUCUUUAUAUAUUUUUGCACUCAUCGUAGUUAAAUGAAUAAUUUCUAGAAUUCUAGAAAAAAAAAAUUUAACCACGUAGAUCCUAGUGAAACAAAUAACAAACAAAAAAAGAAAUGUAUCUGUAGUUUUUAAAAUUGUAACAAUCACUUUCUAUUAUUAUUAGACAGAUAUUAUUGUCUGACUAUAAAGUGAUAUUACAUUGUGCUGGUCAGAGUUAUACAUAUAUAUUAUAUUAUAUAUAUACAUAUGUACAUGUAUUAACAAUAGGUUGUAAUAUUUUUCGUGAAAAAAACAAAUAGAACAGGUAAAUAAUUAUCUACGCCUUAUCAUGCUAGAUUUUUAUUUUAAGUCUAGUUUUGCUUAUAGUAUAUUCACAUUUGAAAAAAAAUAAUUUCCUUCCAAUUUAGAAAAAAAAAUUACAAAAAGAAUUUUCAUCUAUAUAAUGUAAAUAAAAGAAAAAAUUAUUUCAAUUUCUACAGCUUUUUAUCGAGUCAAAUUGGGAUUUUUCUGAACUUUUUAAAAUCAAUUAUUAUGUAGGAAAAAAUUUUCUUUCUUUACAGUUUUUAAAGUUCGAUAAAAUCUAGACUUUUUUUUAGAACAUUUUUUUUUGUUGACUUUUUUAUAUUGACUAUUCGUGAAUAGAAUUUUUCAAGUUGUUGAGUUAUUAAAUUUUUUUUUGACACCGAAAAAAGAAAUUUGCAAAGCUCAACAAAAUCAAUUAUUAAUAAGGAACUGGAAAUUAAUGGCCUCUUAAAAAAAAACUGUAAACACCAAUAUUUUUUAUUCUUGUUUAGCGUUCGAAUGAAUGUCAGAUUUAAAUGCACACUAAGAUAAACGAUUUCAUUAUUUUUACAAUUUAAAAUCUGAAUUAAUUUGAUAAACAUACAAAUUUAAUUAAUUGUUUUCUGAAUUAACGAAAGUAAUUCAGUAAAUAAAUAUAAAAAUUAAAAAUUAAUUUUUAAAUAUAAAUAAAUUUGAAAAAUCACAAAUAUUUCAAUGAAAUCUUUAAUUUUAGUGUAAAAAAAAAAUUGAAUUUUCCCUCCGAAAGUACAAAAAUGUAUUUGUUAACAUUUAUAAAAAAAAAAGAAAAAUAGUAUUAUUAAUUUAAAAAUAGAAUGAACACAAAAAUGGUAAAUAACAAUUAUUAUUGAUUAUUUAACUAAUACGAUAAUCCCAUUUUGCAAUUAACUUUGGUUAAUUUAAUAAUCUAAUCAGUACGCAUGUUGGAGGAAGUUAUUAAUAUCUAUAUAAUGUGGCAGGCUAACUUUAUACCUUAAAAGUCUUAAUUGUAUGUAAAUAAUACAACAAAAAUAAUUGUAGAAAAAUUAUUCUUUUUUUUUUUGCUCAUUAAAAAAAGAAUUACAAUAUAUAUAAAUAUAGAUUAUGCGAAUAUAAAAGGUAAAAUCAAUUUAACGAGAAAACGCUUCUUAGAAUUGCUUAUGUGUGUAAUUCAAUUUUAUUUGAAUUAAUUUAAAUAGAUAAUCAAGGACACAAUAUGAAAUUAUAAAUAAUAAUAUUGUAGCUAUAUUUUUGUCAACUUGAAAUCAAUCACUCUGAAAGUUUCGAUGAAAAUAAUGCAAAUCGCUGUAGGAAAAAAAAAGAUUUUUCAAUAUUUUUAAAUUGAAUAUUUAAUUAACAAGUUUUCUUAAUGUUUUCCUAAUUUUUUUUUUUUACUUUCUAAUUUUACAUUAUUAUUGUCUCUUUAUUUUCAGUAUUUUCUUUAAUUUUUCAUAUUUUUUUUUAAACUUUGCAAUUAAUUCAAUAAUUAUAUUAAUUCAGAUUCUUUUUUUCUAUAUAGAAAUAAAAUCAGCUCUCUCCAAUUUAAAUAUAAAAAAAACUGAUUGUACAAUCGAUUGUCAUGUGUCCAAAAAAAUUUGCGUAUACGAAAAAAUUUAUGCUUUGUUUUUUAGAGGAAAGAUAAAUUUUUAAUAUUAAAUUUUGUUGUAUUAAUCUUUCUGCUGGUCAGACAAAGCGAUAUUAAAAGAAUAUUUUAAGUUUUAUUGAUGAUAAAUUGCACUUUCAUUAUAUUCGCACUAUAAUGUCGAGAAAUUAUAAAACAAUAUUGAUUUGCAUGAUUUUUACUUCCCAUUAUAUUAUAGAAUCUAGUAAUAAAUUCAGAAAUUUAAAAUAAUUUGAUAAUUUUCUCACUGAUUUGUGUACUUUUUCUUUUCUUUUUUUUUUUUUGCAAAGAAUCAUCCAAGACUGUUAUUCAUUUUUUUAAUUCAUUAAAGACUGAAAAAAAAAUCAAAAAAAAAUGUUUUGUAUUUUUAGAAUCUACAGAAGAAAACAAAUAGUUUAGAGAAUUUGUAUAUUUGUAAAAUAAAAAUUUUACUCUAAACACAGAAAAAUUUAAAAAAAAACAAACCAAAUCUGUUGGAAAAUUAUCAAAUUAAACAAAUAUGUAUAAAUAUAUUAUAUAUAUUUUUAAGUAAGAUUUGUUGCAACAAAAAUUUGAUUAUUGUAAAUGAAAUUUUUAUAAUAGAAAUUUUUAUCAAAUUGAUUCGAUUGAAAGAAAUUAUAUAUUAUUGUGAGAGAAAAUUUUACGAAAAAAAAAAGAAAUGCAUAUCGUAAUUGAUUCUUUCAAUCAAAAAAUAAAAAUUAAUUCUACGUAUAACCAUUUAUACUCAUUAGAAUUAGAAUUACAUUUUGUUUAGCAAUAUAAAUAAUAAUAAUAAUAAAUAGUAUUCAACUUUA